AUUGGCGCUUCCGUAUUUAUGUCAAGCAGCAGGCAAGCAAAACAAUCUGUUAGCAAGCAAGCUACUCGUCAACCAAUUUGAAUACGCCCGGAACUACACCCUUAGCCCGGGUUUCCAGCGUGGUGUGGUGUCACCCUUCCCGGGUGCCAUGUUCCUCAGUUCCACAUGAGCUCUACUAUGUGGUAUAUAAUGCAAAGCAUUCAGAGUAAAUAUUCCUUGUCCGAGCGACUCAUUCGCACCAUUGCAGCCAUCCGCUCCUUCCCACAUGACAACGUGGAGGAUCUCAUACGCAGAGGAGCAGAUGUGAACCGCAUGCAUGGCACCCUGAAGCCGUUGCACUGUGCCUGCAUGGUGGCUGAUGCAGACUGCGUGGAGCUGUUGUUAGAGAAAGGAGCUGAGGUGAAUGCCCUGGAUGGCUACAACCGCACCGCGCUCCACUAUGCAGCAGAGAAGGAUGAAGGCUGUGUGGAGCUCCUGCUGGAGUAUGGUGCCCAGCCCGACGCCCUCGAUGGCAACAAGGACACUCCGUUGCACUGGGCCUCCUUCAAAGACAACCCGGAGUGCGUGAGAGCUCUGCUGGAGAGCGGAGCCUGUCCCAACGUCCGAGACUACAACAAUGACACACCACUGAGCUGGGCCGCCAUGAAGGGCAACCUUGAGAGCGUCAAGGUCCUGCUGGAGUACGGGGCCCAGGUCCACGUCACCAACUUGAAGGGCCAGACACCGAUCUCCAGGCUGGUGUCCCUCCUGGCUCGGGGCCUUGGCACAGAGCAGGAGGAGGAAUGUCUGGAGCUGCUGUGUCGGGCGGCAGGGAGGUUUGAAAUCCGUCGGGCCGAUGGCACCCUUCCCCGAGAGCUCAGCAAGGAUCCCCAGCUCCUGGCCCGGCUCACCAGCAUGGUGGCCCAGGCCCCCUCCCUCCGCAGCCUGGCCCGAUUCACUGUCCGACAGAGCCUUGGCGUGCGGUUCCUCCCCACGGCCGUCAAAGAGCUUCCUCUACCGGAGUCUGUAAAAGAGUAUGUACUGCUGAGAGACUGAGAAGGACAUCAGGGACAUCACUGUCUAACCAUUGGACCGUCUGUCUUAUUGCAUUUACAGAUAAUUUACAGCUAAUAAUGGAAAAUGUUCAUGUCAAAUGAUACAAGCUGUCCAGUAAUUCCCACCAUUAUUGGAUUGGAGCAUGGGGGAAGUAGCUCUUAACGUGUAUACGUGUGUCUGCUGUAGGAGUGAUGUUGAUUGCCAUUCAUGCGUGCUGAAUGUGCGUAUAUGUCUGUGAGUGACAUUUUCAAGACCAUUUUUUUUCUUCUUUUACGAGUCUACAGAGCCGUACUAGCAAUCCCAAGAGAAGUUGCCGUAUGAAGCGAGCAGGUUAAAAUGUAAACCUGGUGUCAAAUUGAUUAACAAGCACUAAGAAUGUGUUUAUGAGAGAGAAAACUAGAAGCUUUGCUGUUCUCUAGAUGUUACCUGAGUGUGCCAGGUAACACGUAACAAGUAACUGUUUCCAUUUUGCCAUUUCAAUGCUUGUAACAUUUUCAGACAGCUCAGUGUCUGUUGCAUACAAUCAUCUGUAUCAUGCACUUACUUGACUGAACUUGUGUAUACUGUAUGCCAUUUGGUCAUAUGUGCACAUUUACAUGUUGAUUUUGAAUUUGUGAGCUUCACUUUGAAAAGAAAAGGUACAGUUUACCAGUUUACACUGAAACAUUUUUGUUGUUUUAGUAUCCAAAACUCUCUAAUCAAGAAUAAACUGUUGUUUUGAUUUAAGUAGGUGUACUCUUUAGUUGAAUGUUAAUCUUGUGUUAUUUACUAUUGAUACUUUUAAUGGUGCUCAUUUGUCCAACUUUAGCACUGCAUACUUAAUGUUACUUUAAAAAAAGGUUACCAGCAACCAUGACAUGUUCCUUUUAUAAUUGUUUAUUUUAGACAAAAACGUUUAAAUAUUUGACAUUGUGAAAUGGCAUGAUAAGUGGAAGUGUUAAUUGUUUUUUAAAGAUAUAAGCUAACAAUGUACUUGUGUUUGUAGUGGAAUAAAAAAAUACAUUUUGUGCUUGGUUCAACUUGUUUGUUUUGCAGGUGUGUAAAUAUACAUUGCUCCUUGAUUUGUGUCUUAGCAACAUCGAUGUACACCCGCAAAGUGCUUUUUUCUUUUGUUUUACUUAAAACAGUAAAUGCCUUUCCUGAUUACCUACU